AUGCAUAAAGUGCUAGUGCCCAAGCAUUCUGGAGCUCACCGAGUUGCGUGUUUGGCGUUGUAUCGAGCACUACUGCAACAAUGCAAUUCUUCAGCCCAAAGCACAUUGUGGUUAGGUGAGACUAGGGCUCUUGUUCAACGAAACUUCCGAAAGUACAAGAAACUACAGAGUCCAUCCCAAGUUGUGAAUGCGCUGAAAGCAGGCUAUGAGGCUCUAGACCUUCUAUCUUCGUCGCAUAAUAACCCACAAAACCAAACCCGAAUUACAACUCUUAUUGCCCGAGCCAAGGCCCAGAGAGACCAAUAUGCUGAGAUGCAAGCAAAGACUCGGCCAACACGCCUACCUCCAACCCCUCUCACGCCCAAAGCAGCCCGAAAAGAAAAGUCAAUUCGCUUCCAGGAAGAAACAUCCCGACGACACCCCAAUGCCAGGUCAGUCCUAGACCGGCCCCAUGCGUUGGGUGACCGCAAGCGCCAUGUCCCAGUACUUGUGAAUGCCCGCGGGCUGCCUUUUUUGCGUUUCAAAAAGCCACAGCCAAGGAACGUUAGCAGUGUGAUACGAGCAAAACUUGGAACUCGCUGGAAUUGGAUCCAACGUCGAGAUAGGUUGAAAGUAGAGCUACUUUUUGCUAAGGACGAAAACGACUGGGACCUCAUGACGGAAACUGAUACGCCGGCCUCCUGGUCUGAACCUGUUCAAAAUUCCAUUAUUGAUGUCAAUUCCAAAAUUUCGAGCUUCGAUUUACAAGGCAAGGAGCUUGCAGAAAACAUGUGGAAAAUUGUGCUUGCCGAAAGAACUCUGGCAGAAGAAGAGUCAGCUCAAAAGCAGCCAGACCACUGA